AUGCAUCUGUGCGGUAUUUUCGCUUUCAUUAUUGCCACGCGCCACGUCGUGGCAGACCUGCUGCCUUUUGAGCGCAUUCAGUUGAGCGAUGCCGACGUUGACAGCUUCCCAGAUAUUGGUUUCGCUUCUUCAGAUAUACUCACUGACGACUAUCGAGCUGCAACAAACUGUAAAGAAUACCCUGGCAGUGCAGGCUGGCCUACCUCACAGGACUGGAACAGCUUCAACGAGUCUCUAGGCGGAGUACUCCUUCACCCUCUUCCGCCCGGCGCUGCGUGCUAUGCUGGACCAUUACACGACGAGCAAAAGUGCAAGUUUCUCUUGAGCAAUGCCACUUAUACACGUUUCUACAGCGAUGAUCCGGUCACUGUCCUGGCAGAGUGGCCGACUGGUAGUACCUGCUUGCCAACACUUGAGCCAACUGGCAAUUGUACUCAAGGAGGAUUGGUCACGUAUGUUGUGAAUGCCACGACGACCAAACACGUCCAAGCCGCUGUCAAUUUUGCUAGAAAUAGGAAUCUCAGAUUGGUGAUCAAAAACACUGGCCAUGACUUUGGAGGCAGAUCGACUGGAGCCGGGGCUCUGAGUGUUUGGACUCACAAUCUGAAGGAGUUUAUAUAUACCGAGGAGUAUUCUAUCGGCCAUUAUGAUGGUCCUGUGGCUCAAUACGCCGCUGGCACCGAGUCCUGGGAGCUAGGCAAUAGAAUGGCCAGCCUGAACGUCACCAUUGUUGCCCCCGGUGGCUCGACCGUGGGUGCUGGCGGCGGGUGGCUCAACGGUGGAGGCCACACUACCAUCACCUCCACCGUGGGACUUGGUUCAGACCAGGUCUUGUCCCUCAAUGUCGUUACAGCCGAUGGUCGGUUCGUGACUGCUGAUCCAUUCACAAACAAGGACUUGUUCUUUGCUUUGCGUGGCGGAGCCGGCAGCACUUUUGGUAUCGUGACCUCGGCGACGGUUAAGGUGCACCCGCGCAUGAACGUAACCGGAACGUCUUUGGAUUUUGCCUUUGAGGCCAACACGCCACCCCUAAAUGGCAGCUUUGGCAACUUUACCUUGCCGGGAUAUUACGUCAAAGAUGCCGAGACCUUUUGGAAGGGAACAUGCCUUUAUUACCUUUUUAGCAAGAAGACUGUGGAGGCAGGCGGGAUAGGAUUCAGCUACAUAUACCCACUCGGCAACGGGAGCUAUAGCUUCACUGGAUCGUCAACGUUCCCUGGCAAAACAACCGAAGAGGUCUAUCGCUUCAUGCAGCCUUUGUAUGACAACCUCCGUGAUGCAGGACUAAAUGUUAAAAAUGUCAAGCCAGCAAUAUCGUCUCCAUACGGCACUCGAAGCACAGGGAUGGGCGCGGUCCCCAACAACAAAAGGUACACUUCACGUCUCUUCCCGCGUACCCACUGGGACGACCCCGAGGUUUUCCAGCAAAGCAUGGCUGCUGUUCGGGUCGCGGUGGAAGCCGGAUACACGUUUCACGGCACGCUGAAUGGACCCAGCUUGGAGAUUGCUGGGUGGCCUGGCCGCGACAGCGCGGUGAAUCCGGCGUGGCGCGUGGCUGUCUUGCACGCCAUGCUCUUUUACAAGGACUACCUGGGCGUGCAGACGGCGCAGCAAGCCCGCGAGAGCGAGGCCGACAUUAAUCGGUACAUGGACACGUGGCGAGAGUUGACGCCCGGAUCCGGCGCCUACAUAAACGAGGCCGAUCCCGCGGAGCCAGAGUGGCAGCAGAGCUUCUUUGGGGACAACUACCCGAGACUUCUCGAGAUUAAGCGGGACAGAGAUCCCUGGGGCGUCUUCUGGGCACCUACGACAGUUGGUAGUGAGGGUUGGGCAGUGAGAACCGAGGACGAUUACCCUCAUUCGCAAAACGGCAAGCUCUGUCGAGUGAGUCAAUAG